ACCCGCCCUCAAACUUGCCCCCCCGUGGCCUAGGGCAUUUGCCCACGGAGGCCCCCGGGGGCACCCCGGGGGGCCCCCCAACUCCCAAGGGGUCCCCUGGGGGCCCCUCUGGGGGCCCCCCAGUGACCCUAGGGUUGUCAGGGGCCCCCUCUGGGCUCCUCCCGAGUCCCGCGGGGCCCCCGGGGGGCCCCCCCUGGGGGGCCCCCGGGACGCUGGGGGCCCCCCCCGGGGGGCCCCCCGGGACUUUGGGGGCCCCCCGGGCAGGCGUGGGGGCCCUGGGCCAGGGGGGCCCCCUUUGGAAUGUGCUGGGGCAAGAGAAGGAGGCAGUGGAGGCUGCAGUGGAGGCGGAGAGGAAGUUUGUAGAAAGGCGUUGGCUGGAAAGAUUGGCUGAGACGCACAGACUGGCGGAGGCGCAGCAAAAGGCUGUGAGGGCACAGCAGCAGGAGAAGCUGAGGGUACUGGGGGCCCCCAAGUGGGCCUUCUCUGUAGACAGCGAACGCGUCGAGGCCCCUGCGGCUCUUCACUACGACUACAGGACUUAUGGGCCCUUCUUUGAGAAAUAUGUUGAGGAAACACAGGGGCAGGUGAGCUGCAGCGAGGUUCACUACGACGCUGCAACAGGGACUUUCGAGGAGACGCCUUUGCCUCCGCCGGGGAGGAGCAUCAGCCCUCUGCAGCGGCAGCAGCAGCAGCAGGAGCAGCAGCAGGAGCGUGAGCGUUGGGCUGCUGCUGCUGCCGCUGCUGCUGGGGAGGUGUACGGCCCCGCGUGCAGCGGCUUCCGGCUGAAGCAAAUAACGCCCCCCGUGGCCCACCGCAGCGGCAUCAGUUCUUUCUUUUAUUUUCACUCCCCACACUCAGCCCCAUUUGUUCCUUUUAUAAAUGCAUGCAGAAGAGAAACUUUUACUCUUCCGAGACCCGCAGUGACAGCUUUAAAAAUAGAAAACUUGGAUUCUUACGUGGACGCGCCUCCGCUGCAGCCCCCGGGGCCGAGCCAGCUGCCCGCGACGUUGCUGCAGCAGCAGCAGGACCCGCAGCAGCAGCAGCAGCUGCAGCAGCUGCAGCAGCAGCUGCAGCAGCAGCAGCAGCAGCGCCUCAAGGGCAUCAGCCCCUCCGCCUUCAUGACCCGCCUCCCCGUCGAAGUUGGCAUGUGUGUUAUUGGCAUGCGAGAAGAUGUGGAGGACCUAGUGGAAAACUUGCGACAAAUAGUAUUUCGGAGGAAAAAGAAGAAAAAGACCAAAUCGGGGGCCUCCCCCCUCGACCAGGGGACCCCCCUCACCGAGGGGGGCCCCCUUGGGGAGGGGGGGGGCCCCAGGGAGGGGGCGGCCCCCGGUGGGGGGGCCCCCUUGGGCUCGUUUGAAAAUCCGUGGGUGGCCUCUUUGUCUGUGAAGGGCCCCAUAGCUGCUGUUGCUGGGGACUUGGUGCUGCCAGAGGAGUUGGAAGUGGUGAACAAAAGUCAGUAUUUGUGCACAAUGAAUGCGAAUUAUUAUUUGAACUUGAAAGUGAAAAUAGAAGAAAUAGAAGAGUACGUGUUGCCGGAGUUCGGCUACGACAGCCUCAACAGAGAUAUCGACAAAGACGGAUUCUUCUACUUCGCCAGCUACUGCGCCCCAGUCCAGGCCUUUGGCUUCGAGGCCCACAGAGUCCCCGAGACUAUCUCUUCUGCUGCUUCUCCGGAGGCUCAUUCCCGUUCUUUGGCUUACUAUUCUGCUGCUUCUUACGCGGAGGCGCAGCAGCAAAGAUUUGGCAGAGACAGGCGCGACGACCCCGUUUUCACGGAUCUCGCCAAGUGCCUCCCACGCCGUAGGGCCCUCGGGGGGCCCCCCAGGGGCCCUGCGGGGUCCCCCCCUGACGGGGGGCCCCCGGGGGCCCCCCUCCAGCCGCAGCAGGGGCCCCCCGAGGAGGGCCCAGUGGCGUCUGCGUCCCCACAGGUGGCAUCACCGGCUCUUGAAGAGGUGGUGGGCACCCCUGGGGCCCCGGGGUCCCCUGGGCCUGCAGAGGGGGCUGGGGCCCCCCGAGAGGGGGCCCCCGGUGGGGGUGCCCCCCAGGGAGGGGCCCCCCCGUUCCCGUAUGAGACGCUGGGAGAAGUUGUGACAAUAGAGAUUCAUACGGAUGGAUCUGCAACGCCUCGAGAGGCCUUUUUAGAGGCCCUUGAUAGAGUGAAAGGACUUGCUGUCUCUGUGAAAAAAGCUCUUUUGAAUAAUUGCAAAGAGUCAAGAGAUGGGAACGCAGAAGAAGAAUUCGAAGACCCAGAUAUGUACAAAGACAAACACAGGUACAUUGGAGUGCCAUGGAACCCUUAUAAGGAUUCUCUCGCAAGAACAAUUGACCGCCACAAGACCUUUUUCAGGAAGGACAUUUUGAGGCAGUACAGCCCCGUCAAAGAGCAGCUCAUGGCCCGCAGGGAGCUCUUCGGGACCCCCAGGGGCCCCCCACCAGGCCAGCCUGCCCCCGCAGCUCCAGGGGCCCCAGGGGCCCCAGGAGCCCUAGGGGCCCCAGGAGUCCCAGGGUCCCCAGGAGCCCCAGGAGCCCCAGGGGCCCCAGGGGCCCCUGCAGCGGGGGCCCCGGGCCCCUGGACGCCGCCGUCGGGGGCCCCCACAGCCGCUGAGUGGGCCCCCCAGGCCCCCCCAGCAGGGGCCCCAGCCGAGCCAGAGGGGCACCCCAAGGCGCAGGGGCCCCCCGAGGGGCCCCCGCUGCCGAGCGGGGAAGAACUGGAGCGGCUGCUGGAUGAAGAAGAACUGGAGGACGAGUUGGUGCAGCGGAGCCCGACGCUGCGGAUAGAAAGAGAAAAGGAAUACCAAGCAACUUUGCAAUUGAAAGAAGAUAUUGAAACUGGGAAGCAGCUGCAAGAAAGAGGCGACGGGGAGGGCCUCCCCAAGUUCCCCCUCAAACACAAGGGCCUCGAAAUGCCCCCAGAUUGGGUCUUAGAGGACUUCAUGGCCCAGAGAGUGCCCAUAGGCUGGGUCACGGGCUUCACCGACGACUGA